CUGACGUAGUUUGGGGGCAUUGUUAAAGCAGGGGAAAGCGUGUUAAAAGUUGUAGAGAUUUUAAAUAGUGCAAAGGGGCUUUAGUGUGCUUUAGGGAUAUUUUCACUUAUCAUAACGUUUUUCUAUCAACUCUUCCGCACAGGGGCCACCAUUAGCAGUAGACACAGUAGUCCUGUAAACAAAGCAGUUGGUCAGACUGCGCGGUAGAAAAGCUAACAGCUCCUUCGCUUAAGAAGCACACCAAAAAGCGAUCGGUUGCCUUGAUAGCAUUAACUAAAGCUGCCUCCUCAGUCGGGGGAAAUCUUAAAAGUAGCUAGAGACGUUUAGCAUAGACGGCAACUUAAGCUCUUGUGUGCAAUCACACGGAAUAGCGCUAAGUGGAGCGGUCUUUGUUGGGGGGAAAUAUCUCAGCGCAUGGGAAAGUGAGACUCGGGACUCCCAAUUUAUCAACCUAGUGUCACAAUAUUUGAACAGAAUCGACAUAUUGACUGGUUAAAUAGCUCUACUUCUUACAACCAAUGUCUAAAAGACGGCCCCCACGCUAGCUAAACGUAAUGUGAAGAAGGAAGUAGCUUCCCAUUAUGGCGAGAACCGUGAAAAGACACCCAGUGACUUAUUAUCCUGAAAUUAAGCGAUGCUAGCUAGCUAGCAUUCAGCGAAGCGCUGCUUAGCAAAGCUAACUAGUCUAGUUAACCUGGUAGUGUUGUCUUGUUUUAGAAGGGCAGUUGCUUUCCAGCCCUUUAUUUCAACACCAUAAGUUAAUUGUAUCUGACUGGGUUGUGGUUGGCCAUCUGACUGAGCCGUCGAACUGUUACUGCCGAUAUAAGUUAGUUAGUGAGGCUGAACAAAGGCUUGGCUACCGAGCAGGCAAGUUAGCUCCGCUGCCCCACAGCCACGGCUAGCGUUGGUUUAGAUUUAGCCUACGUGACAGGAAGGCAGCUGUAUCUAGCGUGUUUUGCUGUGAGACCUGCACUAAGGAUGGCAAACCCCACAAACGAGGCCUUGUUCUUGAUAAAGGAUGUGAAACCCGGCUCGAAAAAUUUGAAUAUCGUAUUCAUCGUUUUGGAAAUAGGGCGAGUGACCAAAACGAAGGACGGCCAUGAGGUGCGCUCCUGCAAAGUGGCAGACAAGAGCGGGAGCAUUGCCAUCUCCGUCUGGGACGAGCUAGGCAGCCUUAUUCAGCCAGGGGACAUUAUCCGACUGACCAGGGGAUAUGCAUCCAUUUGGAAGGGCUGCCUGACCCUGUACACUGGGAGAGGAGGAGACCUCCAAAAGAUUGGAGAGUUCUGCAUGGUUUAUUCAGAAGUGCCCAACUUCAGUGAACCAAACCCAGAGCUGCUAGCCCAGGCAAACCAGCAAAACAAGUCUGGUAAACCAGACCAGAAUCAGAGGGGAAACUCUCCACCCAAUCAGAAUUCAGGUACACCUGCUCCACCAGGUAAUGGUGCCAUGCAGCCAUUUGCCAACAACAACCUGCCCCCUGGCACACCCCGUGAUCCUGCAUUUGGGAGCGUUGGGCGACCCAAUGGUCGGUCACCUGGCAACGGAGCGCCUCCAGUGACUGGUGCUGGACCCCCGACAGCCACUAAACCUUCAGUUGCCAUUAGCAAUGGCAGAGACCCACGGCGUGCCAAAAGAUGAAACUGGGGAUGGGGGAUCACGUGGGGAACCUUUCCCAUUUCCCCCCUUUUAACACUUUGCCCCUCUUAUUGCAGCCUACAUUGGCACAACAAGGAAAUAAAUUAUAGGCUACUAGUAUAAUUUUUAUACAGGCUAACCUAGUCAAAUGUGUCAUUUGUUGAGUAUAGUGCAAGUAGUGCUCUCAGUUAACAGCACAGUGUGUGAUUGUGAUCUACCACUUGAUGCACUAGCAGGGCUUAUUGAACUGUCAAGCUUGCUGCUUGACUUUUGGUCAGCCUUUGUCAAACCAUACCCUUGCCCUCUAAAUCUCACUGCAAGCCGCCAGUUCUGUGCCAGUGUUACCUCCCCAAGCCACCCUUAUUCCUUUCCCCAUUUUGUUCUUUGAAACUAUACACCCUACUUGAAGACUUGAUGCACUUUCUCUUAAUUUAUGGCGGAAAACUUCGCUGUCAUUUGAUUCAGGAAAUCAGUUUCUGCUUUUCAGUGGAAAAAAAAGGCCUUAAGUUGGGGAAAAUGAGUUCUUGGACUGAAUGCACAAGCGAAACUCUUCAAAGGGUCUUCCCUAUCUUAACCAAAUCGUAUCAGAAGUGACUCUGUGAAAGGAACGGUGAUAGUUUUGAGUUUUUAACGACAGGUAGGUAGAUUAGAACUAGAUUCAACAGUUUUCAUGACAUGUUUUUCUUGUUUGCCAUCAAUUGUACCUUCAUGAAGGUGGGACCACUUAAAUACUGGCAAAGGGGUUCACCAAAUAAAUUUUACAUUAAUUCUGCUGCCAAA